GCUAAAACGCGCGAGCUACUGUCAAACUCCGGCGGACUAAUUAUGAAGUUAGCGACUUUUAAGUUAUUUCUACUAAAGAAAGGGUCUAAUAAUGACUGGCUCAACUUAUUUAUGCGAGUCAGCCUUUUCCCACAUGAAGAUUUUUAAGUCCAAAUACCGUUCAACCAUGACUGAUGAUGAUUUGGAAGUCUGUUUGAGGUUGGCUAGCAGCAGCUACUGUCCGGACUAUGCAACCCUGGCUGAUUCCAUGCAGUGCAAGUCAUCAAAGUAAGUGCAUCCAGGCAAAGCCAGCAAGAGAAUGUUUUCACCAGACUCAUCUGUCUUACAGAGCAGCACAGAAAGCAGAAAAGAGCUUUAGUACUGGGGUCUCCAGAGGUCUCCAAGCCAUGGCCCAGAAGGAAAAUGGACGACCUCGCUGAGCACAUGUCAUCCGUCUUCCAGGUCGGCCCCACAUGUUUCUAAUCUAGCCUUUAAUUCCGCAUGUCUUCAUGCUUUACUGAGCUGGAGCCGGCCAGAAAACAUGAAGGAGUGUGCUUCUGCUGCUUAGACUUUAUCUUCUUUGGAGUUCCCGCUGUGAAACGCACAUUAGGAGAGGUGAAAGUUCAAGAGUCAGAAGUAGCAGCCGUGUGUGACAGAAUGUCGGUGUGGCCACAGCUUCUCAUCCUGGGAAUCACGGCAGCAACUUUUGCAGGAGUUACAGCUCGAGGAUCAUGGAGAAGAGACAACAAAGAGUCAAAUCCUGCUGUGUACCACUCUGAUGACAACUAUGAGUGGACCACAUGGUUCAAUGUUGAUCACCCUGGUGGCCGUGGAGACUAUGAACAGCUGGACGCCAUUCGAUUUUAUUACCGUGCCCGAGUGUGUGAGAGUCCCCGGGCAAUCGAAGCCAGGACCACUGAAUGGGUCUCAGCUCGUGAAACUGGGGAGGUGGUUCAUGCAGACCCCACUGUGGGCUUCUGGUGCCUCAAUGAGGAGCAGGGUCCUGAUCGCAACUGCUCCAACUAUGCAGUCCGUUUCCUCUGUCCAAAAGAUAACAUUGUGACAAUUCAGGGUACCUGGGGUCCGUGGUCAGACUGGAGCCCAUGCCCUGCCCUCUGUGGUCAGGUUGGGGUUCAACUGCGCUCCAGAAACUGCCAGUCUCGCUCUUCACCUUGCAGUGGGCCUAAAGUAGAGGGGAAAGAAUGCAAUGGACCACCAUGUCCAAAAAUAGAUUGCUCCCUGCAGUGUGUGACGGGAAGGGUAAAUGCUGAAUGUGACGCAUGCAUGUGUGAAGAACACAUCCUGUUGGGUUCCAUUCGUGGUGCCGGGGGUCUCACUGCUGAAGGGGCUACCAUAGUUCGCUCUGGCAAACUCCUUACCCUUACCGACCACAACGGACAUUUCCGCAUCCCUGGUAUCUGCGCUGAUGGCAACACUACCCUGACAGUCAGCCUGAAGGGUCAUGCCACCCUCAGUGUUGAUGUGCCACACAGUGCAGAACGUAUUUCUGUGCUCAGUGUGCAGCUGAAAAGAACAGAAAAGCUUCGUGUGUUGAGCAGCCCUGAGAACAAGGUCAGGAGGCAGGGACAAACUGCUGCCUUUUGCUGCAAAGUGGCAGGAACACCACAACCAGACAAGUACCAAUGGUUUCAUAACAACAGUCUCCUGGAGAUGCAGUCAGAGAGUACAUUGGUCCUAAAAGAUCUGCGUCCUGAGCAGACAGGGGAGUACUACUGCAGAGCAAGUGGUCCAUCUGGGGCUAUUAAGACCAAACCAGCUACACUCAAAGUCUUAGGCCGAGAUGAGCAUUCGUGUAAUCCCAAGCCUGAAUCCCACCUCAUCCGUCUUCCACACGACUGCUAUCAAAACAGCACAGACUCCUUUUACUAUGAUGUGGGCAAGUGUCCCUCAAGUACAUGUACUGGACAGCUGGAUAAUGGCAUCAGGUGCAAAGACAAAGUGUCAUACUGUUGUGGUGUGCAAAAGAUGGAGGAGAGGCAACUAACAUGCCAGGGCUACCAGCUGCCCACCAUGGUGGUGACUGAGUGUGGCUGCCAGAAAUGUGUGGACACCAAGGCCAUUGUGCAUGGUAGAGCCAUUGCUGCAGACAAUGGUGAGCCAAUGAGGUUUGGUCAUAUCUUUAUGAAUGGAGUCAGAAUCAGCCGCACAGGCUACAAAGGUACAUUCUCCAUUCAGGUUCCUCCAGAGACAGAGAGGCUAGUCCUGACCUUUGUGGACAACAUGCAGAAAUUUGUCAACACCACAAAGGUCCUCCCAUUUAACACCAAAGGAGGGGCUGUUUACCAUGAGAUCAAACUUCUUAGAAAGAAAGCCCCUGUGACCAUCAGUGCUACAGAAACCAACACCCUGGAGCUUGGAGAGGUGGAGGGCCAGGAGGCAAUGGUUCAAAUCCAGAUUCCUCCCAAUUCCUUCUACACAGAGAAAGGGGAAGUCUUCACGGGUAAUGUAAAUGCUAGUGUAACAUUCCUGGACCCCAGAGAUGUCUCCACAGCUGCUGCUGCUCAAAGUGAUCUAAACUUCGUGGGAGAGGAAGGAGAUACCCUGCCUCUGAGAACCUACGGGAUGUUCUCAGUUGACUUUAGGGGUGAGGAAAACAAUGAGCCCCUGAAUGCAGGUGAAGUGAAGGUGUUCCUGGACUCUGCCCAGGUGAAGAUGUCUGAACACCUCAAUACCAUGAAAUUGUGGUCGCUGAACCCCGAUACUGGCCUGUGGGAGGAGGAAGGAAGUUUGCAGAUGGAGAAAAAAAGAAGAGGAAAAAGGGAGGAGAGGACUUUUCUGAUUGGUAACAUGGAGAUCAGGGAGAGACGUCUUUUUAACCUGGAUGUUCCAGAGAACCGCAGAUGUUAUGUGAAAGUUAGGGCCUUUCGCAGUGAACGCUUCAUGCCCAGUGAGCAGGUUGAGGGAGUUGUUGUGAGUCUUAUAAAUAUGGAGCCCACAGCUGGCUACUCCUCGAACCCACGUGCCUGGGGCCGUUUUGAUAGUGUUGUCACUGGCCCCAAUGGUGCCUGUCUUCCUGCCUUCUGUGAUGAACAAAAACCUGAUGCCUAUUCUGCAUAUGUUAUGGCCAACCUUGGCGGAGAAGAACUCGAGGCUGUCCCUUCUGCUCCCAAACUUAAUCCCAACCUCAUUGGAGUGCCCCAGCCUUACCUGGACAAGCUUAACUACAGGCGGACAGACCAUGAAGAACCCAGACUGAAGAAGACAGCAUUCAGCAUCAAUGUGGCAAAACCAAGUGCCAACACCGCUGAGGAAGGCAAUGGACCAGUGUACGCAUUUGAGAACUUGAAAGAAUGUGAAGAGGCCCCAUUCAGUGCAUCACACUUCCGUUUUUCAAGAGUAGAAGGGGACCGCUACGAUUACAACACAGUGCCAUUCAAUGAAGAUGACCCAAUGAGCUGGACAGAGGACUAUCUGAGCUGGUGGCCAAAGCCCAUGGAAUACCGGGCCUGCUAUAUUAAAGUCAAAAUCAACAGUCCACAUGAGAUCAACGUACGAUCCCGCAACAUGGGUGGCACCCACCCAAAGACAGUUGGCCAGCUGUAUGGUCUCCGUGACACCCGCAGCAUCCGUGACAUGGAUCAGGCAACUGUUUCAGCUGUGUGCCUGGAGUUCAAGUGCAGCGGGAUGCUCUACGAUCAGGAACGUGUAGAUCGUACUCUGGUGAAAGUGAUUCCACAAGGAAGCUGUAGGAGAGAUCACGUCAACACAAUGCUUCAAGAGUAUCUAGUCAACCACCUGCCCCUAGCCGUCAACAACGACACCAAUGAGUUCACCAUGCUAGCACCUCUUGACCCACUGGGCCAUAACUAUGGAAUUUAUACAGUGACAGACCAGGAUCCCCGCACAGCCAAAGAGAUUGCACUUGGACGCUGCUUUGAUGGCACUUCUGAUGGUACAUCUCGUGUCAUGAAGAGCAACGACGGCAUAGCUUUGACAUUCACCUGUGGAGAUCGUGAGGUGACACACCAGAGUGUCUUCCAGGCCCUGCAGCGUUCUCGAGGUCAGACAGUAACAAGUGUGGUGAGAGGAGAAGGCAGACAGAACCGACGCCGGCAGAGAGCCAAUGCGCCUCGCAACAGUCGUAGACGAAGCACCAGAAAUCCUACAGGAAGACGGACAGAAGCCAGAAGUUGAACACUGAAGGUUAGAGCUCCACAUGGAGACAAAUUUAGCAUCUGCAAUAAGGAUGAGUGUAGAGAGAAUUACCCUUGUUUUGAUUCAAAUACAUUUUCAAGUCCACUUUUUUUCAAACUAAUUGAAUAUGUAACUAAACAAAGCUAGGUCUACUUCUUGCAGUUUCUUCCCAAGGAACAUUUGCAGUUUUUAUGUCUUACAUUUUCAAAAGUACUGUGGUAAAUAUUUACUUGAAACUGUAAAUAGAAUAUUUAUUACAUAUGCAUUAAAAUCAGUUAUCAGUGAGCUGGG